AUGGUAAUCAACAAUAACGAAAAGGAAUUUACAGGUAAAACUAUCCAAGAAUAUUUAAAUUGGAAAUAUCCGACGGAGGAAAGGGGGGAUUUUUGGUCGGUUGAAAUUGAGGUAAUCAAUAGAAAAAGAAAAAACCAAGGCAUUACUGGAUUAUUAGACGGAGGUGAAUUAGAUUUAACCAACACCAUCUUAGCCCGCUGUUUGGUUAUUCAAAAUCGUUUAUAUGAAGGCAAAAAUAUAGAGUAUGAAAAGCAUUUAGAAUAUUUAGCCCAGCAAAAUUUAAAAUGCAAUGCUAUGAACCCCAAAAAUCCUGCCGCUUCUUUAUACGAAAAUAGAGCAAAGUUAGUUAACCAAGCCUUAACACCCGACUUAGAAUUAUUAAAAAGACUACAAGACCUUCCCUACCUAAACCCCGAUUAUCAACUUCCUGCCAACUUAGAAAUCGCCCAACAAGAAAUAUUAAACUUACGCCAGCAAGUAAAAGAGUUAGCAAUUGACCGCGAUAAAACCGUCGCAGAAAUAAUAACAAUAAGCAAAAACCACCGCGAAAGACAAAUCCAAGAACUAACCGAACAAAAAGAUAAAGCAAUCCAACUUUUAAAAGAGGAAAAUCACCAACUAAAAGAACAGUUAAAUCAGCAAAAAGUAAACCAAACUCAAACUAAUCAACUACCGAAAAAAAAUAAUUAA